AUGCCAGAUACUAGAACAACAUUAAAUUUGAAACAUACAUCGAUUCACGAUUAUUUAUUAAAGAGUAAAAACGACGUGUAUUCAAUAAUGAAUUCUAUGCCGGAAGAAACUACGUCCGAUAUAAAACAUUUACCAUCCACUUCGACUAUUACAUCAUAUCAGGUCAAAAGUACCACAACACGUAAUGAUGAUUGUCAUUUAUUAAUGAAAUCGUCGGCUGAUUAUCAAAAUUCGAUAUUACCUGUUGACGACAAUCAACAAAAUCUAUCAUCACCAAAGAUUAAUCAUCCUCCAACAAAUCAAACAAUAGAAAUUCCAACAUUUUCAGGUACAAAGUUUGAAGAUCCAGGACAAUGGCUAGAUCAAAUUCUUGCAUUUAUUGAACAGCAAAAUAUAAAUCCAGGUGAACAACGUGAUUUAGCAGCAGGCAAAUUGAGUGGUGAAGCGUUAUUAUGGUAUCGUAUGAACCGCUUACAAAUACCAGAUAUGCAAACUUUUAUUCAUCAAUUCCUGCUCACGUAUCAUUCAGCACCAAUAUCAACUUUAACCGUUAAUUCAACAUCUAAAGAUCUCAAUCGUGCUGAUGUAUCACAUAAAGCAGCACCAAUAGAAAAAAUUACACAUACAUAUGAUAAUAUAUUUAAAUCUUUUGCUGAACCAAAUGGUAUUUCCGAACCAUCAUUUCCAUUUGAAUCAUCAUACCAGGUACUGCAAUCAGCUAAGAAUGAAAAAGUUAAACUUAUACCAAAUUUUUUGGGUUCUGAAAAUUCAGUCAAUUGGUUAACAAGUUUAGAACAAACAGCUAAAGCACUUAGAUUAAAUGAUCCACAAAUUUAUGAAUUGGCAACAAUAAAAUUAAGUGGUCCUCCUCAAGAAUGGUUUUAUCAUCAAGAUGAAAUUGAUAAUUUGUCGUCAUUUAAACAGGCUUUCUUAUAUGCCUUUCCACCACCAAUUCAACCGACCAACAUUGACUACUUAGCUCAAUUAUUAGCACGUAAACAAGGCGAAACAGAACCAGUUGGUAAAUUUGUACAAGACAUUAAUCGUCUUUGCCUUAAAUUAGAUAACAAGAUCAGUGAACAAGAUAAACUUCAAUAUCUUCGAAGAGGUCUUCGCCCACAACUUAAGCAUUAUGCAUUAUCAAUUACCUCAUUACAAGAUUUUUUUACAGUAAUGCAACGACACGAACAAAUAGAAAAAGAAACAACAUCAAAUCAACAAUCAUCAUCAAGAUCAAGCCAACAACAACAAAAUUCAUUCAAUCGUUCAAUGCGUAAACAUUAUGAUUAUCGACAAAAUCCGUCUUCGACAAGUUAUGGAUCAUUCGAUCAUUAUCCUCAUCAAAAUCCACAUCAUGAAACAACUACACAAUACGAUGAAAAAAAUAAUAAAAUAUGUUAUCAAUGUAAUAAACUUGGCCAUCUACAAUGGGAUUGUCCUGAUAAUAAUGCUUCACAACAACAGCAGCAUUUUCAACAAGGGAGUCACUAG